GAUGCCCCGGGCCAGGGAGAGCGGGCGCCGGGAUUCGCCCUGAGUCGCGUGGCAGACCCAGCUGCGUCCGCUGCUGCCGAGCUCAGAGCUGCGCACCGCGCCGCCGCCGCAGGUCGGGUUUUCAGCGCUGCUCCCAGGCCACCGCCCAGCCAUGAAGAUGCAUUUCUGUAUCCCGGUGUCCCAGCAGCGGUCCGACGCGCUGGGGGGCCGCUACGUGUUGUAUUCCGUGUAUCUGGAUGGGUUCCUCUUCUGCAGGGUGCGGUACAGCCAGCUGCACGAUUGGAACGAACAGCUAAGACGGGUCUUUGGAAAUUGCCUGCCACCCUUCCCACCAAAGUACUAUUUGGCAAUGACCACAGCUAUGGCUGAUGAGAGGAGGAACCAACUGGAACAAUAUUUGCAAAAUGUAACCAUGGACCCAAACGUGUUGAGAAGUGAUGUCUUCGUUGAGUUUUUAAAACUGGCACAGCUGAAUACAUUUGACAUCACCACCAAGAAAGCUCAUCUGGACAUAUUUCUGCCCAAUGAAGAGACUAUUAAAAUCGAAAUUAUAACAUCAGACACUGCUGAAAGAGUCCUAGAGGUGGCAUCACACAAAAUUGGACUGUGUCGGGAGCUCUUGGGCUACUUCGGCCUCUUUCUCAUUCAGUUUGGCAAGGAGGGCAAGCUCUCUGUUGUGAAAAAAUUGGCCGACUUUGAACUCCCUUAUGUUAGUCUUGGAAGUUCUGAAGUGGAAAACUGUAAGGUUGGACUCCGAAAGUGGUAUAUGGAUCCAUCCCUCGACUCCACGCUGAUGGACUGCAGGGCGGCCCUAGAUUUGCUCUACAUGCAGGCAAUACAGGACAUUGAAAAAGAAUGGGCCAAACCCACACAGGCGCAGAGGCAGAAAUUAGCAGCUUUCCAGAAAGAAGACAAUCAAACAAAGUUUUUGGAGCUGGCCCGGGAGGUUCAGCACUAUGGAUACCUGCAGCUGGAUCCUUGUACCUGUGACUACCCAGAACCAGGCUCUGGAGCUGUUCUGUCUGUCGGCAAUAACGAGAUCAGCUGCUGCAUCACCCUGCCUGACAGCCAGACCCAGGAUGUCAUUUUCCAGAUGAGCAGAGUGAAGUGCUGGCAGGUCACUUUCCUUGGAACUCUGCUGGAUAUGGAUGGGCCCCAGAGAACUCUCAACCAGAAGUUAGAGCUCAGAUUUCAAUACAGUGAGGAUAGUUGCUGGCAGUGGUUUGUUAUUUACACCAAACAGGCUUUUUUGCUGAGUAGCUGCUUGAAAAAGAUGAUCUCAGAAAAGAUGGUAAAGCUAGCUGCUAAGAAUCCAAAAAUGCAGAUUGAAGUUCCGGAACAAAGCAAAAGUAAAAAAUACCACAUUCAACAAAGCCAGCAGAAAGACUAUUCCAGUUUUCUAUGGAGAAAAAGCAAGAUUAAGAUAGCUAAAGAUGACUUCGUUUUUGAAAACAUAAAGGAAGAAGACCUCUGAAGAAAAUUCUCAUAUUUUAAAAUAUCCUUGGAGGCUAUCUCAAGACAGUGAAAGAACUUGGGGAUUCAGGUGGGCUACCUACCAUCAGUGGAGGAAAUUUGACCUCUUCCCAUUGUUUUGGCAUUAAGAUAGACUGUAUUCAUCAAGAUAUUAUACCACAGCACUCUAUGGAAGUCUCAAGAUUAGAAA